AUGGAACACUCCGCACUUGUCCAAGCUAAAUUCCAUCCGCCAUCCCGUGCCCCAGUUGACCGAUUAUACCCUGUUGUAACCUCCUUCGCUGUCCACCACGCCACCAGUUUUGGUGUCAUCCGCAAACUCGCCAAGCACACCACCGACGUUCUCAUCCGGAUCGUUCAUAUAGCGCAGCCGGUGAGGAGGGGCGGCCGGCGGGGCGGCGGGGCGGGGGGAGCGGGGCUGCGGCCGGGCCCGGGCUCUGGCGCCGCGGCGGCGGAGGAGGAGCGGAGUCGGCGGGUGGGAGCGGGGAGCGGGCGGGCCGGGGCCGGGGCGAGGGGCGGCGGUCGGGUCGGGUCGGGUCGGGCCGGGCCGGGCAGGGCCGCGGGCUCUGCGGAGCUCGGUCCCCGGCGGAGGGGGCGGCGAGGCCGCUCGACAGCAGCGCGGAGAGCGGCGGCUCGCUCAGCCUGCCGUGCCCACAGAGCGCUGUAUCUCAGGAGUCUGGAUGCUGCUCAGCCUGCCGUGCCCACAGAGCGCUGUAUCUCAGGAGUCUGGAUGUUGCCCUGCCUGCAGUGCCCACAGAUCGCUGUGUGUAGGGAUUCUGGAUGUUGCUCAGCCUGCAGUGCCCACAGAGUGCUGUGCCUAGGGAGUCUGGAUCUCAGCGUCCAGCACCGACCGAGUGCCGUGUGUAGGGAGGCUGGAUGUUGGUGGACAUAAAGGAUCCCAUGGCACAGUUUGCAAGAAGAGCAGCUGAGUUAUCAUCUGGU